CGAACGUUCACGACUGUCAACAAACCCUCCUUGCAGCGAGUAACCUGUAAUCAUGGGAAUUUUAGAGACGGAAUUAGCGGAGCUUCAGCAAUGUGUUCCACGAGUAAUUGCAGACAGCACUGUUGAAGCUUGUGUCCCGGCAAUGGUUCGGGUAAACAUAGAGAGGACGAAGUACAAACAAAUUGUUGCGUGUUUCCAGUUCCAGCCUGACUACCCCAGUAGCCUUGCACUGAUUGAAUUGAAAAGCCGGCAUGUUUCUGAAAAACUUUUGGAUGGACUUGUAAAGUUGUGUGAAGAAGAAGCAAAGAAAUAUCUAGGAAAGCCACAGGUUUUGCAUGUGUUGAGAUUUGUCCGCAAUUUCAUCGAUGAAAACCCACUUUGCUGCUGUUCAGAAGAAAUUUCUAAUGUAAGGAAGAAGCUGAUUGCAGGGUCGGAUGAGCUGAAAUUACGCCAGAAAACCUCAUCUGUCGUUGUGAAGUUACAAGAGGGUCAAUAUGUAAUGAAAUACAAUAUCACGGUGCCAGAAAACUAUCCAGAUAAACAGGUUGGGAUUGAAGAAAAGGAAUGCAACUUCCCACCAGUCUUCCGCCGAUGGUUCCUUGCACAGGCAACCGAAAUAGCUCGUCAGUGUGUUGAACCACCAGCCAAGAAAAGGCCAAAGGACCCACCCUUUGUGUUGAAGCCAUCAAUGGAACCUGUGGUGUCUUUCCUUGUGUCUGAGGUUCACCUGUAUCUUAAAUUAGAUUGCAAGAUGUGCAGGAAAAAGGCCUUUCCCACAAACCCCAAGGACAUUGAGGCAAAUGAGUCAGGGCCAUUGCAUGUUGAAAGGAUCUACUGUGGCCACAUAUACCACAACAAGUGCCUGGACACAUACAUCCGCACCCCGCCUUUCCAGGGUGGAAAGAAGUGCCAUACCUGUAACAACAAGAUUUACCACGACAAGUGGAAGCUAACUCCAGAGACAGCAGAAGCUAGGUGGGCGCACAAGCAAGCCAAGCAGAGGGAACUUGAUGAGGUUGUGGACUUCCUCAGCUAAUAGAGGAUAGAUAUUUUUUUGUAG